GUGCGUUUCUCCUGAGCCUGGGGCCACCGCACCCCGCGGACUCAGAAGCCAGCGGCACCCGGGGACCGUCCUACAGCAGAUCCAGUGGCCGCCGACGUCAGGCUGGAUGUUGGAUGUGGAAGCCCAGGAGCCCCCCAAGGGGAAAUGGUCGACGCCGCCCUUCGACCCGCGCUUCCCCAACCAGAACCAGACCCGUAACUGCUACCAGAACUUCCUGGACUACCACCGCUGCCUCAAGAUCAGGACCCGCCGUGGGAAGAGCACGCAGCCCUGCGAGUACUAUUACCGCGUGUACCACUCGCUGUGCCCCACCAGCUGGGUGGAGAGCUGGAAUGAGCAGAUCAAGAACGGGACUUUCGCCGGCAAAAUCUGACUGCCCCGGCGCGGCCUCCUCUGAAGAUGCAGUGACCCUGCAUCUUUUUGUCUUGCGGAGGCCCGGCCUCGGUUAUCCACCCCUACCUCCCAGUGUCUAAGCCACGAAUAAUGUUAUGCUGUUGCUGAUGUUCCUUCUUCAUGCCCAGCCAGCGCUGCCACUGCCCCACUGAUGCCUGAGCCAGGGGCAGGGGCAGACCUGCCCGGCCUGGCCUACAGCCUGGUGGACCAUCACAUGUGCAAACUCCAAACACCUCCAACAUGUGCUCCAGCUGGCUUUCUCUGGUGUCUAGCAGCCGCGUCCUGAGACCCCCAGUGCCAGCCUCACAGACUCGGCAACCUCCCAGGUCAGAGAAACUGAGGCCACUCCACUUAUUCCUGCCCCACCCAGAACACCUGCAUCCUUGUUCGCUCAACCUCCUCCUCCCCACUUCUUUCUCCUCCUCCAGCCCCAUCUCUUCAAUCCUCCCAUCAUCCCCUCCCUCUGCAGUUCUUCCCUCAGAACCUGCUCUGUCCUCCCAGCCUCCAGAUCAUGGAUCCUGAAGGCCACCUGCUCUGCCUCUCCUACUCACUGUCCCUUGGCUCCUAGGGGCGCAACUUCGCCCCCUCUCUCUGGGUUUCCCUCUUCCCCAUCCUGAAGGCGGCAGAGCCCAAACGGUUCUGAAAAUGAGUUCGGUCCAGGCCCUGAAGCUUACUAACCAUGUUGCCUGGGACGAGUUCGCUAGCCCCUCCGCACUGUGGUCUUUUCAUCUGAAAUAUGGUAACAAUGACAUAAUACUGACACCUCCACUUCCUAGGGCUGUGGGGAGGACGGCGAUGUGAAAACAUACAAAGCAGAGCAGUGUCUGGCUCUUCUCAGUGUGUGGGGUCUCUAGCCAGAGGGACAAUCUGAGUCACUCGAAUCAGCAUGUCGGCUCAAUUCUGGUGCCCCAUCUCCUACUGGACAGUGGGACUGAUCGACCGGACAGACAGCCCAGGGAUGGCCCCAGAAACCGGUCCUGGAGCUCUUGGAGGCAUCUGGUUGACUAGCUUGCAGUCAGAGCGCGCCCGCGCAGGGAGACACGGGGUCAGGGUGGGGAGUCCUUGGCUAGGGCUCUGGCUGCCUGCCAGCCAAACGCUGAGAGCAGUUCUAGUGCCACACACCCAGGUCAGCCCUGGUCGUCAGGGUUUCCUGUUUCAAUAAACUUCCUUCCACCUUCACCUACA